ACUCCUUGUGUAGUCUCCAUGGUUAUAAGGACUCAUCAGAAAAAUCUAAAGUAAGGUUUUGAGGGUUAGAGUCAAAUGUUGUUCGUAAACAAGUUACAGGAGUGGUAUUUUUUUAUACGUUUUAUUAUUAUUAAUAUUAAUUAAUAAUUAACCGGAUUAAGAUUAUAUAUCCCAUUAUUUAUAUCUAUCUAUUUAAAAUGAUUAAUUUGUUACUGAAUAAUUUGUUGUGUGUUUCAAGAUUAUAGAACAUUAUUUUAUUUGUUAAUACAGUUAUAUAUAUUUUAUUGAUUAUAUUAUAAUACAAUUGUAUUAUAGUAGCAACUAUUGUUAGUUUAUAAAUAUUUGACCAAAAUGGAUGAUCAAGCUUGUCCAAGAUGCAAAACUACAAAAUAUCGAAAUCCGUCAUUAAAAAUGAUGGUAAAUGUUUGCGGACAUACUCUAUGCGAGAGUUGUGUAGAUCUAUUAUUUUUAAAAGGUUCCGGAUCCUGCCCAGAAUGUCAUAUUCCAUUACGAAGAACAAAUUUCCGUGUUCAAAUGUUUGAAGAUCCUAUGGUAGAGAAGGAAGUAAAUAUAAGAAAAAAGAUACUUAGGGAUUUUAACAAAAAGGAAGAGGAUUUUGCUACAUUGCUAGAAUACAAUGAUUAUUUAGAAGCUGUCGAAAAUAUAAUAUACAAUUUGGCUAAUGAUAUUGAUGUGGUUGAAACAAAUAAGAAAAUAGAUCAGUAUAAAAAAGAUAACAAGGAUCAAAUAAAUAAGAGUAAAUCUAAACUUGGUAGAAAGGAAUAUGAAUUGGAAGAACUUUUAGAAUUAGAAAAACAGCAAGAAGAAGAAAGACGGUUAGAACUUGCUAAAGAAGAAAUGGAAGCAAAGAAGAAAAAAAUCAGAGAUAAAGAGGCUUUAAUAGAUGAACUUACAUUCUCAGAAGGGAAUGCUAAAAGUAUUGUUGAUACGUUUACAUCAGCGAUACAGAAUUCCAAGAAAGAAGCAAGGACCUCCUCUCCUAAAGCUACUCAAUUUAGUACGGGAAUAAAGUUUGGAAAACAAGGAACGCAAAGCUACUUACAAAUUCCAAAAGUAGAAGAAGGACCAAUGUUUACAUAUAAUGCUAUUAGACAACAAACAGAAGGACCAGACGUUCCUAGUUGGCGUGAAAUUCAAACUCGAGGAUAUAUAUCGCAUGUUCGUGCAGAGACAAAAGCGGAAAGAGCAGGAGGAUUUAAAGCACAUGUUGCUUGUUUAAGGGCAUUAGAAGAAGCUAUGGCUAGUUUAUAUCACAAUCCUUCACAGCAUACUACAGAAUUUACAACAGUUUGAUUUCAAGUAUUUUUGUAACUUUUUGUUUGUUUAUUUUAUUGUUGUUAUAUAAAUACAUUCAAACUAUGUGCCAAAAGCUGUAAGUGCCUCAGUUCUAUAAAUAUUGUCUUUAUAUCAACUGCUAUAGUUAACAAAUGAUAUUAAUAAUUUUACAAGCAAUAGAAAAUUUUUAUCUCAUCAGGGUACGGCAAUCAUAUGCAAUCUAUGAUUUUUUUCCAACUUUGCACACUUGCAGUGGUUCAUGAGGAAUGUACAUUGCAUCCUCUAGAAAUUUUGGAGUAGAAAUUUUGCAAAAAUUCUUAUGUUCACUUAUGUCUUUUGCUUUGGUAGUGUAAUGAAAAAAAUCGGAAGUUGCACAUGUUUGUUGUACCCUUGUUAGGUUUUUUCUCAGUGUAUGGAAAUGUUCGUCUUAGUUAGAUUAAUGUUGCUUCAGUUAUAGUAAUAUGAAGUUAUCUAGUUAUAGAUAUAUAAACAAAAAUUAAUGUAUAUAUACAUGUUUUGUGUUCAUGGAAUUUCUAAUUAAGGAAGAAAAAUAGUCUAAUAA